CGCGCUGGUCGCGUCGGCCAAAAUAAGUCCAGAUGGCAGUCUUCUUGCCACCGCGUCUGCAGACAAGACCAUCAAGCUGUGGAAAAUGUCCGACGCGGGACCGACGUAUUGGAAGACGCUCGCGGGCCAUACAAAGGGCAUUUCCAGCAUUGAGUUUGCGCCAAACUCCAAGUACAUCGCUUCUGCGUCGGACGACCUCACGAUUCGAAUAUGGGACGUGGAAAAGGGCGAGCUUGUUCAGAUACUACGGGGCCACACGUUUCAUGUCACUGUCCUGAAGUUUCAUUAUAGAGGCUCUAUUUUGGUAAGUGGCUCAGCUGACGAGAAUAUCCGUGUUUGGGACCUCAGGAGAGCGAAAUGCAUGAAGGUUUUGAGCGCUCACUCGGACCCAAUUUCAAGCCUGGACUUUUCCUUUGACGGGACCGUGAUAGUGAGCGGCUCGUACGACGGGCUCAUCAGACUGUUUGAUCUCGAAACCGGGCAGUGUCUGAAAACGCUCAUCUACGAUAAAAGUGGCUCGUCGUACCCUGUGAGUCAUGUGACUUUCUCUCCCAACUCGAAAUACAUAUUGUCGAGCUCGCUGGAUGGGUUUGUGCGGUUGUGGGAUUACAUGAACAAUAAGGUGGUCAAGACUUUCCAGAAUGUUGACGGGGGCGCUGUUGCGGAAAAGUACAGUCUGGGGACCUGCUUCCUCACCUGUUUUGCAAGCCCGCUGGUUUGCUCAGGUGACGAAAAGGGCAAGGUGCUGUUGUGGGACGUCCAAAGCAAAGAGAUCGUGUGUCUGCUGGACACCGGGAGCGGCAGUCCUGUGAUGGAAGUGGGGCCUAUUGACAAUGGGGACUUGUUCAGGCUCCUCAGCUGGAGCCUCCCCGGCUGGAGCAGUCUCCUCGGCUGGAGCCUCUUCAACAGGAUCGAAGCCAGCCGGAAAGAAGACCGCCGCAUCCUCCGAUGCUAAGAAGAGAACUAAGGCCAGAAAGGAGACCUACUCCUCCUACAUCUACAAGGUGCUCAAGCAAACGCAUCCAGACACUGGUAUUUCCCAAAAGGCCAUGUCUAUUAUGAACUCUUUCGUGAACGACAUCUUCGAGAGAAUCGCAUCUGAAGCUUCCAAGCUUGCUGCUUACAACAAGAAGUCCACCAUCUCUGCUAGAGAGAUCCAGACUGCUGUGAGAUUGAUCUUGCCAGGUGAACUGGCUAAGCACGCUGUUUCUGAAGGUACCAGAGCUGUCACCAAGUACACUUCUGCUACUUCUGCUUAAGUUUAACGUUUAUUUUGCGAUCGGGAAUUGUAACUUGUUCAUCAAGUUUUCUGUUUAGGGUGUAUAUUAGUAACGGAUUUACUGUUCAUAUGAGCAUUAGUAAUUGAGUAACCG